ACUCACCGAAUUUGUUUUCGUUCCUUGUACGCUUUCGAGGAGAAAAAUUUCUCCCUUUUUAUUUUCCCUGUUAUCGGCACGGCACACUUUCUUCGAUUUCCACGAGCAAUUGAUCUCGAAAUCGGGCGAUCUUCUUCAGAUCUUGGCUCGUUGCUAUCAUAUAUUCAGGAAUCAUGUCACUUGUUCAGUAUUACCAGCCACGUGGUGGCCACAGCCAGUUUCAAGGAGAUGGUAGAUCAUUGUAUGGCCGGAACUGCAAUAUGGGCAUGAGGACAAUGAUUGCUGCAGCGAAUGGUUAUUGGAGUUACGAUAAUAAUGCCUACAGUGCAAAGCUAGGUGGAAAUAAUCUUUAUAAUUUUCAAGAUUUUACUAAGAAUGAUAUGCUGGAAGGGGGCUAUAAUUUCCACGCUUAUCCUGACUCCGUAGUGCCGCCUUCCAAAAGGAGAAAGAUUUCAGCCUUUUCUAGCGAAAGCACUGGUAGACAUUAUCAACACCAAUAUGAACACAAAAGCAUUUUGUUAAAUAAUGUUGAUAGGUGUGAACAUCCGAAACCUGAUGAAUCUUAUUGCAAUGACCGGAUAGUCUGCCACACUUCAGCUUCUGGUGCUGCGCCCAGGUUUAAUGCUGUCAGUUACAGUUCAACUUCGUGCAAGCGUGAUCGGUCAAAGUUUGAGGAUGAUGAGGUAGUUUUUAUGUCGAGGGAUGAGAUAGAGAGAUGCUCUCCUUCUAGAAGAGAUGGAAUUGAUCCGCUACAUGAGGCGCAUCUGAGAUACUCAUACUGUGCUUUCCUUCAGAACCUCGGAGUUAGGCUUGAUCUGCCACAAACAACUAUUGCCACUGCCAUGGUUCUUUGCCACCGAUUCUUUCUUCGCCGUUCUCAUGCUGCUCAUGAUAGAUUUAUGAUAGCCACUGCCGUGCUUUUCCUUGCUUCAAAGUCUGAGGAGACACCGCGCCCUCUGAAUGACGUACUAAGAGUGUCAUGUGAAACUCUCCACAAGCAGGACUUCACUAUUCUAUCAUAUAUGCUGCCCAUAGAUUGGUUUGAACAAUAUCGAGAAAGGAUCACUGAGGCAGAGCAACUGGUCUUAACGACCUUAAAUUUUGAGCUAAAUGUUCAGCAUCCUUACGAUUCGUUGACGGAUACUCUUCAGAAGUUAGGCUUUUCACAGUCGCUCUUAGUAAAUCUGGCACUGAACUUUGUCAGUGAAGGGAUCUAUAGAGGACUAGCAUGCACACCUUUUGAAAUUAAUAGCUGGCGGUUGAUGUGCUGUGCAUGGAAUGUUUUGUUUUUCAUCUGAAGUUGAAGUAAUGAUAUCAUGUGGUUGCCUUUUCCAUGCUGACACUCCUUAAUGACAUGCUUACGAGCUAUAAGUAGUACAUGGAUCAAUUAACCAUAUGUUUCCACACGGACAUCUAUGUCCAAUGAAAUUUUAUGUGGACGAGCGUCCACUUCUUUCACCCAUUUACCAUAUCUUAUUCCUAUAAUCUGGCUGAAUGAUUUGUUAAUCGUUCAGCAGAGCUGAUUCCUGUUGUUGAUGAUGGUGUGACUGACCAGUCAGUUCCAAAUCAUUUUUUUUCCAAAUUCCUUGCUCCAAUGUUCUUUCCCGUCAGCUUUAACCCUUCCAUUCACUUAAGGAUGCUCUAGAUUUCCUAAUCCUAUUCUUUUUGUAGCCCUCUGACUUUAAUUAAAAUCAAUUGACUUGUUUUCUAUAACUCUAUAGUAAAUGCUGAAUAGCUUGGAUGCCAGAUAUUUGUUUGGUACUUAAAGCUUCCAGAGUAAGAAAAUAUGAAUAUUUACAACCGCAGCCUCAAAAAUGGAGAUUGGAUGAGUCAGUGUUCCGGCUGUUGAAAGUGAAAUUGGCAGUGUCUUGCUCAUGUUCUUACUUUAGAGCCAAUGUUAUCUGGAUUUUUUCCAGUGCUCAUUUUGAAUGAUCUUAGGUUUUGAGAUUUCUUUCUUUUAGUCAUGUUAAACGUUAGUGAGGAUAGAUAGAUGAAAUCCUCUCUUCAUACAGAAAUGAAGGUAUAAUUGACAAAGGAAGUAGGAUUACUAUCACCCAGUUUCAGUAGGAAGUGAAAAUGGGAGUUAAAACACUCCUUGACAUAGAUAGGAGAAAGACUUAUGCUUCAUCUACAUGUUUUCGUCCAAUAGUCCUUGGUAGAUAGGAUUUUAAGUUUUAUGUUUUGCCUUCUCAGAGUAUUAUAGGACCCUGUCUGAUCAUUUCUCUUAUGUUUGGGUGGUGAAUGCAAGAAGAAUGUGUCCUCGACCCUGUUAUUUUUUCCUUAUGUGCAGUAGGAAUUUCUAAUAGGUGCCGUGUCUCAUUUCUAAGUUUAAUACUAUUCUAGAUAUAUAACUCUAGGGAAAAUAUUGAGUUGAGCCCUCUAUUUGGUUGUAGCUUUGGGAUUCUAUCAGUCUCUCCCUAUUAAUAAAUCUGUACUUUCCUUGAAAGAGAAUAUAUAUAUUGUAUGAAGAAAAACAAUUUGUGGGGUUGCACGACCUGUCUUUUUUUUUAGCAAUGUCCAAACCAAGAUGUGAUUCUGAGAUAUGUUAUUUUCCAAUGCAUUGUUGCUUUCCUCAAAUCAGUUUAUUUUGUACCACCAAUUAAAGACAUCUUUUAUUAUAACAGAUCAUGUUUUACUUGAUUAUACGAGCUAUAUGUCUGAAGUAUCUUUUGCUUGUAGAUUUAUGUACUAUGCCAGUGAACUUUACAAAUUUUAAUACAGAAGGUACUUGUUUUGUGA